UUUUCCCUCGCAUCGGCCCCCCGAAUAUAAUAAACUCACUAUUUUCCCACUCUCUUCCUCGACAAGUUUUGUAAAACCCCCCAAAAUCCCUUUUUUAAUCCCUCGCUUUCAUAUCAUUUCUAAACUCAUUUUAGUGUUAUUUCCCCCAUAGAUUCAAAAUCUCCCUAUUGUUCAAAUUACCCUAAUUUAGUAUUUCUGUUUUUAAACGCUAGUUUCCGAUCCAAUGCUGGAAUCCGAUACUCCCUCGAAAACGUUUCUCGGCGUUCGUUUUUGUCUUUACGGCUUCGAUCCCGUUAACGAACAUAAUGUUCGAGUAAAGCUAAUUAACGGUGGCGGCGUUGGUGUCGGUCAGUAUAGUCAGAGUUGCACUCAUGUGAUUGUUGAUAAGAUUGUCUACGAUGAUCCUGUAUGUGUUGCUGCUCGAAACGAUGGCAAAACAGUUGUCACUGGGUUAUGGGUUGAUCAUAGUUUUGAUAUUGGAAUGCCUGUUGAUGCUACUUCGAUUAUGUACAGACCUCUUAGGGAUUUAAAUGGAAUUCCUGGUGCUAAAAGUUUAAUUAUAUGCUUGACUGGAUAUCAAAGGCAAGAUCGAGAUGACAUUAUGACGAUGGUUGGCUUGAUGGGUGCUCAAUUUUCUAAGCCUCUGGUUGCAAGCAAAGUUACUCAUCUAAUAUGCUAUAAAUUUGAAGGGGAGAAGUAUGAGCUUGCUAAGAAAAUCAAGAAGAUAAAGCUUAUCAACCACCGCUGGUUGGAAGAUUGUUUAAGAGAUUGGGAGCUUCUUUCAGAAGCUAAUUACAGCAAGAGUGGCUAUGAGUUAGAGGUGAUGGAAGCUGAAGCUAAAGAUUCUGACGAAGAGGCUGAAGAAACUACAUUGAAGCAUUCUGGACAAGGGAGUCUGAAUAGGAGCCCUCAUAGUUUGAAAGCUGGAAUGACCAGUUCUGGCGAGUUGCUCUCCACAGUUGAAGUGUCCACUUCCACUGUACCUAGACAUUCACCAAAUACUAAGGAAGUUUUAGUGAUGCCUGGAAAAUCUCAUUUAGGCACAAGCUUCGAUGAUGUUAAUGACCCUGAGCUCAAUUCUUUUCAGAACUCAGGUCUCAAGAAUGGUUCAUCUAUUAAGCUAGCUCAACCAGGCAACAGAGGCUCAAAUACUACAAAUAUGGAUAGUAACUUGGCAUCUACCUCUAAGAGUCCCUCAUUAUCCAAUGAUUUGUUCACUGCUAUAAGUUACUCCAGGAAAACUCCAAGAAAUGCUACACCUCCAAAUUUAUCUGGGGAGGUAUCAGGCAACAUUAGUGGCUCUCCUCAAGCUAUGAAAAUUCAGGAUGUAUCAGGCAUUUCUUCCUCUAAAAUACAGCAACCAGAGAAAAGAAUCUGUGCUUCUUUUGUUAGAUCUCCAAGGAAAGGAAGCGAUUUGUGUCAUGGAGAGGACUCUGCUGGUAUAUUGCCUCAGAAAAGAGCUUUGGAACUUUCUGGUAGUAGCUCUAAAUCACGAAAGAUGAGUUAUAAUGCAAAAGGUUCCAUAAAGGGCAGUGCACUUGAUACUGUACAGUUGGAGCCGACAUCCUCGGUGGGAGAUCAGCUACAGAUUAAUGACUACCCAGUGAAUGAGACUGGUUAUCCGAAUGUUUUACAUAGCUCAUGUGCAGGCUAUGUGACUACCAAGUUGUCAACUGAUCUCUUUUCCUCUAAAUCUGUAACUCCAGACGACAGACAGAAUGUUAGAGAUGAGAAGUCACCCAAUAUGUCCCCUAGAGGGUAUAGAGGGUCCACCUUGGCAGGCAAGCUGGAUAUGCAAAAUGAGAAUGCUUAUGAGAAGUCACCCCAAAUGUCCUUCAAGGGGUUAAGAGAGUCAACCUCAGCAAGCAGAUCAAAUAUUGGUGAUUAUGGUCUAGAACGAUUACAAGUGGUAGGAGAGCCAGGUGAGCUGCAGAAUAAGCAGCAAGAUGUUCAGGUUCCUUCACUUGAUAGAAAGCUGGGGAAGGAUAAUUCCCAUAGCCCUUCUAAGUUGGACGUGCUUGAAGGUGGAAAUGAUGAAUCAGUGACAAACUCAGUUAGCAAUAAGCAGCAAGAUGUUCAGGUUCCUUCACUUGAUGGAAAGCUGGGGAAGGACAAUGUCGACAUCCCUUUAAACUUGGAUGUGGUUGAAGGAGGAAAUGGUAAGUCAGUGACAAAACCAAUUAGCAAGAAGAAGCUUGCAAAAAAGACCUUGGGUUCUCGACCAAAACUAAGUAACAUUGCUAACAGAAAAGGUUCUAUUUACUCAAGCAAAAUUGCUUCUGAUAAUCAUUCUACAAUUUCCAUGGAUGGUGAUAAUGAAAGAGCAGCUCAUAAGGGUGCCAGUGAGCUUGAGACAUGCCCUCCAACUAUUAACCUGGAUGCAGCAAAGGAUGUUGAAAAAGUUACAAAAUGUCAGAAUAUUGGUACUAGUAAGACUCAAUUCAUGGAUGAUGAAACUCAAGCUCCAGAUGAGGAAGAUGACAAUGGUUCUAAGAAGGUGACUGGAGUAGAGAAGUCUGAGUUGGUUGAAGUGAUGCAUAAAGCAGAUAUGUUAGUAGAGACAGAACAUGUCAGACAUGAUCCCAAAGUGGCUGUACAUGCGAGUCCAGUUGCCUCUGAGAAUGCAACAAAUGGAGCUGAUCCUGAGAGGGCAGUUGGGAGCAAAAAUUCUGAAUUUGGUGAACCAACGUUAAAGAGUGGUGGCUUGAGAAAAACAAACAAAAGGAAGAAACAACUUUCUGGUAAGGCCAGGAUGAAGGCUGUUCCUUCUAAUUCCAAAAAUGAUUUGGCUGGGGAAAAUACCAGUGUCGAGAAGAAUGCUGAUGACAAAGAUAAUGAAAAGGAGAAUUUCAUGCCACAUCCUGAUGACAAACCAAGCGGUGCUAAUGCAUCUUCAAAAGUGGAAAUCUCUGGGGCUGCUGGCAAGGGCGACACAGUUGGUCUCAAGGAGAUUGCUAGGAAAUCAGUUGGUAAACCCAAUAACAAAACAUUGAAGACUAAGGAAAAAUCUCAGAAGGUUGACAUGCAACCAGUCCAAAAGGUUUUCAAGAGAGUGAAAAUUGAGCCUACAUGUUUUAUAUUGAGUGGCUACAGACAGCAGAGAAAAGAAUUUCAGUUAGUCAUUAAGCGUUUGAAAGGAAAGUUUUGUAGAGAUUCUCAUCAGUGGUCAUACCAGGCAACACAUUUCAUUGCACCUGAUCCAAUUCGUAGGACUGAAAAAUUCUUUGCUGCUGCUGCUUCUGGAAGGUGGAUUCUUAAACCCGAAUUUUUAAGUGCUUGUAAUGAGGCAGGAAAUUUCUUGGCAGAGGAGCCUUAUGAAUGGCACAAAAAUGGCCUUAGUGAAGACGGUGCAAUAAACUUAGAGGCUCCAAGGAAGUGGCGUCAGUUAAAGGAGAGAACAGGCCAUGGAGCAUUUUAUGGAAUGCGCAUUAUUGUGUACGGAGAAUGCAUUGCUCCUCCUUUGGAUACUCUGAAGCGUGUUGUGAAAGCCGGGGAUGGUGACAUUUUAGCAACUUGUCCCCCUUACACCAGAUUCCUCAAAUCUGGUGUUGAUUUUGCAGUUGUUAGCCCUGGCAUGCCACGUGUUGAUAUCUGGGUUCAAGAGUUUUUGAAACACGAGGUACCCUGUGUUGUUGCUGACUACCUAGUGGAAUACGUCUGUAAACCCGGUUACUCCCUGGAGAAACAUGUACUAUACGACACUCAUGAAUGGGCAGAAAAAUCAUUCACUAACUUGACAACCCGAGCUGAGGAAAUCGUCGAUGACUUGACUCAUGAAUCACCAGGUAGCUCGGAGAGUAAUGAUAUAACAUGCCAAGUUUGUGGCUCUGGCGACAGAGAAGACGUCAUGCUGAUCUGCGGCAAUGAAAGUGGUUCCGUAGGUUGUGGAAUCGGCAUUCACAUCGAUUGUUGCGAUCCUCCGCUUGACAAUGUUCCGGAGGAGGACUGGUUUUGCCCGAAAUGUAACAAAAGCAGCAUAAACAACACGUCUUCCAAAAGAAGAAAAAAGGGUAAGUAGGUGUUUUAAUUGCUUAGCUUUCGGAAGGGUGGACUUGUGUUGUAGCUAUUGUAUAAUUGUUUAGAUUAGAAAGAAUUUGUAAACGAUACUAAAAUAAAACUAGUUUAAAGUAUUUAGUUGGCCAUUCAAAGCUGUUUUCUUUUUGUAGGAAUAUUUAAUAUUAUUUUCACGAAAAUAAUUCCAGUCCAUUGAAUCA